CCCCAGGGCUAUGAGUUGGGGAGACCGUGCCUGGGGUGGGGACCCUACUGGGCCAUGGGCUCUGGCCUCUGAAGGCUGGGAUCUGUGCUUUUGCCUAACCCCCAGUCUCAGGGUUUGGUUUUGAGCUAAGUGAAUGCAGGGCAUUGUUAGUGUUCCAUUGCCAGGGCCACACAGUUGGGAGGAAGGUCCUCUUGCCUGGUACCCAGGGUGACCCCGAGGAGGACACAGAGAGGUCAAGCUUGGUGGGUAGCACCCCCUCCCGCCUCCCCACCCCCAUCGCUAGGCCCACAGCCGUCACCCAGAUAGGCUGGGGAGGCUCAGGGGCGGCACAGGCCUUGUGCGCCUGCUCUGAGAGAGGCCUGCCCUGAGCUCCAGGACGCCAGAUCCAGUAGGACCUAGCCUGGGAGCCUCAGGCCCAGGUCUUCUUUGGGGCCCCCGUGAGGCAUCCAGACAGGGUUGGGGCGAAGGUUGCUGCCUUCACCCCAAGUUUCUCAGACUUGCAGAGAGAGGAGUGCCUUUCCCUGUCCCCAGCAGCACAGCUUGGGCCAGGCAGGACCUGGCUUGUCAUCAGCUACCCGUUUUGUGCCUUCAAGUCUUGGGACCGACACAAAAACGAAGCCAGGUGUCCGGGCUGCAGUGGCAGGGGCCAAGACUUUUUGGCUCUGGGCUUGUGCACAUCCCAGAGACCCCUGUACAAGGAGGGCCACUUGGCACCCAGCUCCGGCCUGGUCAGUGGCACCCAGGCCCAAGUGGUGGGGUUUCUGAUGCCUGCCAUUUGUUUUGGACUCACCCAUUUCCUUCUGUCCCUCUCCGAAACGCAGAAGGGCGCGGUGCGGAGGGCUGCUGGCCCGGGCUCUGUUGUUUGCCAGUGAGAGGAUCUGUGGGAUCCGGCUUGGGCAGUUCCCAGGCCUUUGGAUGUGGAAAUCAUUCACUGGGGUCCCCAGGAACUUUCCGUUGUGCACCUCCCCAAGUAUUUGUAACUUUUCUUUUAAAUAUCCAGGCUUAUUAAAUUGCACACACAGAAUGCUGCAUUGGCUCAGCUAUUCUUGGGAGGCCUAAUUAAUUCAGCUAUUGCAUCAAACUUUUUUUUCUGAAUCUGUGAAUAGAUGCUCCAGCCCGGUUUUCUCUGGGCGCCCCUCCAGCGGAGUGUCAGAGUCGUGGGGAGGAGGGGCUGUGGAUGGAAGCGAGGGACUGUCGCCUCUGCUUGGAGGGUGCUGCCGAGCGUGCAUUUGUGCGCGCAUGUGUGCUCAGUGGUGUCUCUGCUCCUGGCAAGGCCAGCGCCAGGGUGGCAGCGUCUGCACACCACUUCUGGGUUGGGGGAGGAUGCUGGUGGUGGGGCCGCAGACACCCCAGCAGCCCUGGGGCCCUCAAUUCAGUGGGAGAGUGGGCUGGGGCAGGCAUGGUGGUGUUCCCUGCGAGCUGGGGGCCCUUCUCUUUGGGGUGCCUGCACCGUGGCCAGCACCUGUGGCCUGAGGAAGCCGCAUGUGUGGGGAUUGUGGUGGGCUCAGGCAGAUGGGUGUGGGUUGCCUGCGGCUGAGGCCUGAGCCUGAGCCUCAGCCAGACUUAUCUCGUCUGAGCAGGGUGUGUCUGUUUGUUUUUGUCGGACUCUGGGUUGUGUGUGUGUGUUUAUGUUUAUGGUCUUUCUGUCUUCCUGGGCUUUGCUGGGGGCAGGCGGAGUGGCUGCCAGGACUGUCUGUCACAGCUGCUGCAGAGUGAUGCCCAGAUCACCUGGCUUCUCCCCCCUUGGAGCAGGUCGUGUGAUCUGGGUGCGAGGGCCCUUGGGCUCAGGGAAGGCCUGGCCCAUGCGCUGCUCUGGGAGGAGGCCCCUUGGUGCCCUGAGCCCUGGUCACGGAGCCGGGCCGACAGCCUUGUCCUGGUCAUUUCAGCCGAAGGUCUGGGCUGCCUUUCUCUUUUGAUGCCCUCCUUGGUGCUGCUCUGAAGUCUCACUUGCUGAUUAAAACACAGUUGUCCGCCAUGAUGAGGUGUGCUAAGUGCAAGUGAUUGGGGUCUCCAGGCCCCAGGGGCAAGUGAGCCCUGCCCUGGCAGUGAUGGCCUCGGCCUGGUCCCUGUGUAUUCGCCAGCUCCUGAGUCCUUCCUGACCAGGGACUGAGGAUGGCCUUGUCCUUCCCUUGGGGCACUCGCCCUGCGUGCCCCAUGGUCUCGGCAUAGUGUGGUGGGCAGGGACUGCUCCCACAGCUCUGUCACUGUGCGUUUGGGAGUUCUGGGCAGCAUUGUCCCUUUGAAUCUCCCCCAGACCGCCAUGUGCUUGUCUGUGUACGCACAGGGCGCCACGUGGGCAGAAGUGUCAGCGUCAAGGUGGGUGUGGACCCAUGGCUGGCCGACCCCUUGUCCUAGAGGGAGUGGCCGGGAAGCCCCCAGCCCCUGUUAGUCCCGGUGGGCUCCUCCCAUUCGCUUCUUGACAGCUCAUUCUCGGGAUAUGUUUUGAUUUCUUCACUUCCUUUGUAGCUUAUUUUAAUAUUUUUGAUCUGCCGAGGAUGAGGGCAGAAGGAACAAAGAAUGUACUGGAACUCUGUUUGCAGGGGCUUGCUGCUCCCAGCAGGCCUCUGGGUUGUGCUAAGCGGGGCAGCUGGAACAUCUUCCGGGUGCUAUGGCAGGGCGUGGGCGCAGUCUCCUGUCAGAGUGGGAUGGGGUCCGUGCUUCUCGGUGACCUCCCCAGGGUCCCUGGCACCCUGAUUACCUCUGCCCACCCUGCUUUGCCCAUGGCCUGGCCACGGUGGGGUCGUGGUUCCUGUGGUCGCCCUAGUGUGGAACCAAGCAGGAGGCGGGGCUCCGGCUUCUAGCCCCGGAAACCCUGUGGGCAGGCAGCCAGGCCGGAGGCCCUGGCGUGUCAACGGUGCUGUGGCAACGUGAAGGGCUGGCAGUCGUUCUUGGUGUUGCCCUGAUCACAGGGGCAGAGGAUCUGUCCUGCUCGUUUGGUGGCCGUCAGACCCUGCUUCCCUCCUGUGGUAUGGCUUAGGUGCCUGGCAAGUGACCUCUCAGGACCCCUGUGGCUGCUGUCCUGGGCAGGUGGGGUUGGUCUCACUUCCCCACUCUGUCCCUUGCUGGCUUUGUGGCCUUGAAUGAGUUGCUCAGUCUCUGUCUGCCUCAGUCUCCUCAUGUAUAAACUGGAGACUGGUGCCUCGUUGAGCUUGGGUCUUUGUGUGUCAAGUGUCACAGGCAGGGUAUGGACGGGUGGUUUUGCUGCUGGGAACGCGUGGAAAAGAGGCGCCUCUGAGCAUUCCCCGCGCCCACCCGUCGUCUCUGCGGUGGGGGCCUCUGUCCCUGUCUCUGGGGUUGUCUGCUAGCUCUGGACUACACGGGACUUGGUCCUCUUGUGGUCAGGGACUGCUCUCAGAAAGGGAGACAAUGUGGCCGUGUGCGCUGCCACUUGGCCCGCCGCCUGGGACGCGGCUCCUUGUCCCGCAGGACAUCUCGCCGGGCAACCAAGUGCUUCUCUUUCAGACUGACGACGAGGUGGUGCCUCCGACGGCGACAGUAGGCCGCUGCGUGUUCCAGAAACGGGGGCUCCUUUUAACUGCUGCUCUUGGUCGUGGACAUUCUUUGAUUGGGGAGUGGGGGUGGGUUGCUUCACAUGGCUGUUUCUCUCUCCUUCAGACGCCCAGGUUCUCAGGGAUCUUUCAGGUCCAGAGGAGGAGGAGGACGAUGACAGGAAGCAGUGCCCAGGUCAGCAAUGGGGCUUCCAGCAAGGGGUGGUUCCCGGGGCACCAGCUCCUGUCCUCAGCGCCCCAGCACGGGCUGCUUUUGGCACUCGCAAGGGUGGGUUGUGACCUGAGCCUCAGCCCCCUGGUGCAGCUCCAACCUGACAUCUUGACACUAGCUGGAAACGUCUCGACCCCCUUACACACCCUGUGCCUGAGCUGCCUCCUGUGCUGGUGCGGAGGCUGGGGUCUGGGUGGGCCGAGCCCACCCCUUGCUGGUGCUGGGAGCCUGAAGCCCUCCUGGGUGCUCAGCGGGAAGGAGGUCCCUCGGUGUUGGGCACUGGAGUCCAGGUUCUCUGUCCAGCACUGCAGUUCUGGGGGUGCUGAGAAGCUGCGUCCGCGGAGGCCUGAGGGACCCCUUCUGACAAUGAAGAUGUACAUUUACAGUUGGAAAACUUCCCCCUGUCCUGCAUGUGCGUGGGCGUCCCGACAUUGGCCCAGGCCUUGUCCUCGUCUCCCAGCCCACCCUGCAGGACAGAGACCUGGGGGCUCCUGGUGGGCAGGGGCAGGCUGUGUGUGUGAAGUCGACAGUGAGGAGGGACACGCCUUGCGCCUCUCGGGUGACAUCUCGGAGAGGCGUUGGUUUUGUCAGUUUGCUGGGAGGAGCCCGUCGUCAUCCUGUGUUGUGCUGGCGGGAGCGGGGCCGUCCCACUGCCUGUUGUGGGUUUGGCAGCCACUUCCUCCGCCCAGGCAGAUGUUGUGCUGCAGGCCAGGGGCCUCUCGGCAAGGGCUGUGUCCUCAGCUGCAGGACCUCCUCGUGCCUUCCAGCCCUGUGAGCAGCGUGGGGCCCAAGGCUCUGGGUGCCCUGCCUUGCUGCGGAGCCGGAAGUCCAGGCCGAGCUGCCCAGAGGGCGGGGAGGGUCCAUGCAGUGGAGGCCUGGCUCCGUGUUGUGUCGGUUUCUAUGGAGAGAAAACACUGUGGGCGUCAGCCGCCAGAGGAGGCUGAGUAGACCCGCUGGCGGGGUGAGGCGGGGCUGGCCGCAGUUUCCCCUUCCUGGCUCAUGGAAGCGCCUGUCUCCAGAGCUGCUGUGGGCCAGGCCGUCUCGGGGGCGGAUGCCCUGUUGGCAGGUGUGGUGCUCCUGCCGCCCCCUCCACAGACCCAGACACCCCCUUUGCCUCAAGGUCCACGUCUGUCGUGGUUGUUGGGGACUCUGUCCUACUGGGCUGUUUUGUGUCUGUGAUAAGGCCCGAGGCUGGGGUCUGUCUGCUUCCCACGCAGCCACUUCAGCGUGCGGAGACCGACUCCCAGAGGCUGCAGCUCUCCUGCCCAUCACUGUCACCCCCCAGAGCCCUGCCCUGGGGCUGGCCCUCACACAGCGUGCUUCCUCGUGCCUGACCAGGGGCUCUUGGAUGAUGCCUGAGACCCUGGUGCACUGCCACCAGGUCUCCUGGCCCUGGCCCUGCCGAGAAGUCACUCUCCCUCCUCCCAGGGUCCUCAGAGGAGCUGGCUGUGGAUUGGCACAGCAGGGAGAGGCCAUUCUCAGACUUGCCUCUUUUUGACAGUUGUCUCACAGAAACCUAGAACCCAGGUUGGUUAACGGCAGGGACAGAUCGGAAGAGAUUUGCCGGUGUGCGGGGGAGUGAGGCUGCCAGGAGGGUGCUGUGAUGCCCGGGGCAGGAACCCUUCCGCUGCAGCUUGUCUGUUGGUUGGCAGAGCUCGUGGGGCCAUCCCUGGAGGACCCGCUGUGGGGCCCGCGUGACAGUGGGUGGAUGGCAGCUCCCUCCCCGCAGCCCCUGCCCUGAGAUGAGGGCUGGCUAGCAGUGUGGACACUGGUCCUGGCCCUCGGGUGGGUAGGGGCUGCAGGCAGAGAAGAGCCAGCGGUGCUGUGAGACCCAGCACUCUCCAGGCCUGCGCUGAGGUCCUGGUGGCGAGAGAGUGGCCAUCAGCACCGGCCAUGGUUCUCCGGGCCCCACGUCCUUGGGGAGGCACAGAGACGAGUCCAGGACCCACACGCUGCCGCCCCGGACAGCUGGACCCGAAGUGGACCUUUCUGAUAAGGUGUGAGGAACGAUUUCAUUUUGUAAUUUGAGUUAACGGAACAGAGAGCUUUUUUUGUUCAUUCUGAAAUAAAGUUUUAUUUCGUGUUCGGGCUUCAUAGGGUAUUCCUGUGGCACAGUGUCAGUCUGGUUCGGAGGUCGGUGUCGUGUGGCAGUUGGCGUGCAAACUUGUCCCCAUCUGUCUAGUAAAUUUCCAUCUUCCCUGACGUCAGCGGCUUUUGACAUGCAUUUGGAAGGUGUUAACAAAUGGGCUUAAAACUCUUCCUCUGGAAGAUAUUUUUCAGACAGAUUAGAAAAGCCUGCCCAAGUUCUCGUGGCCAGCAGCAGUGGUGGCGGGAGCCCUCGCUACUCAGGUGCCCUAGGUACGCGUGGCUUCAUCAGCGCUGGUGGGCUGGUGUUUGCCGCACACUUGUGGUGCCUUCUGUUCAGAAAGGCCCUUUGCUUGCGCUUGGGCCCGGCCCCCCUUGCUUGUUAAAUCCUUUGCCCCGAGUUGUUUGGGGCGCGUGUGGUUGGGGCAUCGGUGUGGCCCUUGCCCGUCUCGAGGACUGCUGGGAGUAGCCCUGCCAAGGACACCCUGGCCCAGCAUAGGCCGGACGUGUCCCCCGGCCCUUCGUGGCAGGUGUGAGGGGAGGAGUGCCCAGGGCCAGCUAUGCAACUUGGUCCCUGCUCCAAAUGGUGGGAAAAAGUGGAUCGAGAGCUUCUUAAGUAUAAACGAAUAGCCUCUGUUCUGCGCUCCCUGUCAACUUGUCCUGGUGGUUUUCUCUUGCUAUUCAACGUCAUUUUAAAAGUUGAGAAAAAUUAGAAAUUUAAGUUAUUACUAUAAGUUUUACCAUUCAUCUUUAUAUUGUGUAACGUCAGUUUAAAAUGCAAAUGUGAGAGCAUUUAACUCGUGGAAUCACCAAAAUUGCACAAUUCAUGUUUUAUACCCGGACAUGCAUAUGGAUUUUGUUCUCACCACGGCAGUGGAGAUGCUGCACAGACUAGCGCAGCUGUUUGGUUUCAGUUCUUGUUCCUUGCUGUGGCCACACCCUCCCUCCGCUGCCGAGCGAGGCUGAGCCACAGGGCUGUGGCCGUGUCACCCUCCACCCUGGUUUACAGUGUGAGACGUUGGCGGGCAGGGAAAGUAACUGGGUGUCAAGGCUGCGGCCUCCCUGCCACGCCUGUUUCUCAGACGCGUCACCUUUGCGAAGGUGCUGGUCUGAGGAGGUGCAGCCUCGGAGCCCUGAGCCAGUGCACGGCCCAGGUGGCAGUGGACAGGCGUGUUGCGUGAGCCAACCCACUCACCUGUUCUGUACCCAUGUAGGACUUUGCUUAUAAAAUAAGAUUUUGUCAGAAGUGAAAUUGUCUAGAAUUCCAAGCUGAGGACAGUGGAGUGCCACACGCCCACGAAGCCAGCUCUGGAUUACACAGUAGAGGAGUGGAGAGUCACUUUUCUUCCCAGAUGCUGUGGCCCAGGUGUGCACGCCCAGGUGCAGCCAGCCCCACAGCAACCGUCAUCUAGACCCCACCCAGCCUUCUGUCUCUGGGGGUGCUGGGGCCCCAGGGUGGGGUGUUGGAUGUGCUCACCCUGGAGGCUCGGUUGUCUGGGCGGCCCCUGCCCCGUGUAGGGCUCCUGGUUACUUUCCCAUCCUGUGCACAGAGAAGGUCGUGUCUUCUUCCAGGUGGAGGCACCGGGAUGUUUUAAUAUAGAUUUUAAGAUGGGAAAGUAUUGGCCCUGGACAGGAAAUCUAAUUCCAAUUAGGAGAGAAAUGAAAAUCUCCAAACCUUCAAGUAGCAAUGUCUCUGAGAGGCAGGCACUUUCUGCCCAGGGUGGGGGUGGACUUGGCUCCUUCUCAAGGUGGACCCUGUGAGGGCUCUCCUUGGUCCUGGAUGGCCUCAAGGGUCCCCACCUGUGCUGAGCCCGUGAGCUGGCAGGAAGCUCAAGCUUGUGGUUUAUUUUAGAGCCGAAAUCUCUCCUCACCCCUGCAAAACUCGGGUCUAUGGAGAAUCCCACAGAGGUCACUCCCCUCCCCUCUGGGGACCUCCCAGGUGCAUCUGCGGUCCUGGCUACAGGAUGGGUGGAUGUCCAGGGAAGAGAGCUGCCCUCAUCUGGGCCACAGGCCCGGCCCCUUCCUCAGGGUCUUUGGGUGCGCCCUGUUGGUGCGUGCCCCAGCACAGGGUCCAAGCCCCCGCAGCCCCAGGCACUGCUCUCUGGGCUAUUUCUUUAAAAGUGAAUAUUCUAGAUUCCUAAAUUCAGUUUUAUUUUAAGAUUAGGAGAGAGAACAUCUCCUGUGAGGAUGGCUCUUUUCAGAGGCUGAGUUGACUGCGUUAACACGUGUGCAUGGGUGUGUGUGUGUGUGUGUGUGCUUUUCUCCGGCGGGAUGCUCUGGGAGUCACAGUGUGGGCCCUGUGGUUUCACCUGUUGUACUGAGUGGCCCUGGGAUGCUGCUGGCCCCCAGGGGCCCUUCUUGCUUUCUUUGAGUUGUGUCUGUGGGGGAUCUCACCAGCCGGAGGUUGGGGGUCAUGGCAGUGUCCUCAGGGCUCUAGCGGCAGUUGGGUGGGUGGGAACCCUUCUCCUGGGGACUGAGUUCUUCAUCUCUCAUACACUUCUGAACACAAACCAGCCCACCAACCCUGUGUCUGUCACUGAGGCGGGCCGAUAUGCUGGGAGGGUGGUGUUGACACCGAAGGAGUCCCCACCCCAUGCUUGGACCUGUGGGGCUGACCUCCUACAGGUCCCUGGGCGCCCCUGGUCCUCCCACCCCCUCGCCAGCGUGGUCAGCACAACCCUCACGUGGCACUGAACCUGGAGCCUUUGUGUGUGGAAGAUAGGGGCGUUGAACAAACGGGGGGCUGUGUUUUGUAUGGAAACCUGGCGGGCUCAGGUCUGCCAGCUCUUGAGACCCAGCUGUUCCUCCCUCCGGGGAUGGAUGCGGUGAGAGCACACCUGGGGCAGCACAAGACCAGGAUGCAGUCCCUGCAGAGCUCGGGCCUCCCAUGGGGCGAGGGUUGCUGAGGCCGGGCAGCCCUUGCUGCGUUCCCAUGUGGGCGCGGGCAGGUUGCCUCAGGUGCUGUGGCUGCUGUGGGCCGUUCUUCCCGCCAGCAUGUCAUCGCUGGCUUCCCCAUGGCUCCCUUGCGAGACCCUCCCCCUCUGAGAUCAAACGUGGCCUCAGAGCCACCAACACCCCAGCUUCACUCUGCCAAGGCCUGGAGAGAUGCACCAGCUUCUGAGACCCCUACAAAGUGCCCAAACCCAGUUCCUGGGAGGCGGGGCUGUGCCCAGAGGCCUGUGCCUACUCUGCCCCAGCUUCCUGCCGGGUGCGUCUGAGAAGUCCACAGCCUGUGGCCUUGAUGACAGGUCCAAGCAAAAGAGGGUCCUCCUCCUCUAAGUACGCUUCCAGGCCAUCUUCCCUCCAGAAGCUUCUGCCAGGCUGUCUUCUGUGGGAGGAAGUCCUCUCUGCCUGCUGCCCCAGUGUCCGUGCCUUGUGGACCCACGCACACCUUCCACAGCACCCCGCAUUGAGCCCUCACGCCUGAGGCGGAUCGUGGGACGGCUGUGUGCCCGAGCAUGGAGACCCCUGCCUGUCACAGGGUGUUAGGGUCCCUGUUGCUCGGGGCUGGUCCUGAGGGAGGGCUGUGGUGACACAGAGAAACCUGGGGUCACGGGGCAGGUGCAGGUGGGCCCAGGGCUGGCCUGGGGAGCAGGGAGCAUGGGCAGGGGGAGGUGUU